AUAAAGACCGCGAUCCGCGACCGAGGGCCCCGCACUGCUGAGGAGCGGAGCCUCCGCCUCGGGGGCCCCCCAUCCCUGGCUGUCCCCCAACUGCGCGUUCCCGCCCCACCCCCGCGGCCGAGCCGCCACUGGUGCAGUGGUCUCUGCUUGGCGGAGGGAGCCUUGAGCUUCGUUCCACAGCCUCUUUGCAUCUUGGAUUUCGGGGCGGCCCCCUCCCCCACCUCUCCCUGCCUUUUUGUACCCCGCUUUUUUCUGCGUUUUGCUUGGUUUUUGUAGCCGUCUAUUUUUGCACCCCUUUUCGCUUUGCUUCUAGACGGUUUGGGGGGUGAAGCUGCAUUCAUACCCCUUCGUCUUGUUAUUCUCCCCUGCUCUGACAGCACCCCUUUUCAUCGCAGUUGGGGGGCCUAGGAUCGGUGCAUCUUCCGCCGCGCUGCCAGCACCCCGCAGUGCGUGGCCGUGAACCCCGGAAUUUGCAGCAGCUGCAUAUCUGCGGGGGGUCUCCUUUGCCCCCGCCGCCUUCGCUCCCCGCGCUUUUGGGUGUGUGGAGGGCUACAGCGCGCGGCGUCCCCGCUUCUCCGCAGCCCCCAGCCCCGGGCCGGGACUCGCCCCGCGCCGCCAAGAUGGUCAUCCAGAAAGAGAAGAAGAGCUGCGGGCAGGUGGUUGAGGAGUGGAAGGAGUUCGUGUGGAACCCGAGGACGCACCAGUUCAUGGGCCGCACCGGGACCAGCUGGGCCUUUAUCCUCCUCUUCUACCUCAUCUUUUACGGCUUCCUCACCGCCAUGUUCUCCCUCACCAUGUGGGUGAUGCUACAGACUGUCUCCGACCAUACCCCCAAGUACCAGGACCGACUGGCCACACCGGGCUUGAUGAUUCGCCCCAAGACUGAGAACCUUGAUGUCAUUGUCAAUGUCAGUGACACUGAAAGCUGGGACCAGCAUGUUCAGAAGCUCAACAAGUUCUUGGAGCCUUACAACGACUCUAUCCAAGCCCAGAAGAAUGAUGUCUGCCGCCCUGGGCGCUAUUACGAACAGCCAGAUAAUGGAGUCCUCAACUACCCCAAACGUGCCUGCCAAUUCAACCGGACCCAGCUGGGCGACUGCUCCGGCAUUGGGGACCCCACCCACUAUGGUUACAGCACUGGGCAGCCCUGUGUCUUCAUCAAGAUGAACCGGGUCAUCAACUUCUAUGCAGGAGCAAACCAGAGCAUGAAUGUUACUUGUGCUGGGAAGAAGCCCCAUCACCAUAGAAACAAGGGGAAACUGAUUCCUGAGGAUGGGCGAGAUGAAGAUGCUGAGAAUCUCGGCCACUUCGUCAUGUUCCCCGCCAAUGGCAACAUUGACCUCAUGUACUUCCCCUACUAUGGCAAAAAGUUCCACGUAAACUACACACAGCCCCUGGUGGCCGUGAAGUUCCUGAAUGUGACCCCUAAUGUGGAGGUGAAUGUAGAAUGUCGCAUCAACGCCGCCAACAUCGCCACAGAUGAUGAGCGAGACAAGUUUGCCGGCCGCGUGGCAUUCAAACUCCGAAUCAACAAAACCUGAGGCCCCUUCCUCCCACUCCACCUCUCUCCUGUGGAUGCUCCUGGAAUGUCCCUGACCCUGCCUGAUCCCUCCUUCACCCACCCCAAAGGUAUUUUUGAUAACAGAGCUAUGACUUGUCUGAGCCUCACACCCUUUUCCUUGACUUCUCAACCCAGCCUGAAGUCCAUGGCGGUUCUCUGGUCACUUGCAUUUCCCACCAACUUCUCCCAACCUCAGCUCAGUCAGAGAGGGAGCUGGGCUACCAAGAUGGCCACAGAGGCGUUAGGAGCCUUUCUAGUUCUGGUUUAGCUGUGAGAGCUACCCACUCUCCUGCCUGCAUAUCCCCUGAGAGUUAUAGGAAGUGCCCAUUGACCCACCCACCCACCCACCACCUAUACCCACCCCCACACCCCCCCCACCCCCACACACAAAAGUGCACGCGUGCCUCUUACCCCUUUGCUUCCAGAGAUGAUUGUGGCACUCCAUCCUUCCAUUCCUAAGCUCUAGCCACUGUCUCUUGAUCUCUCUCUCACUUUCUCCCUGUCUACACAGUCACUAUCUUGGUGACUUUGAACUUAGCUGGCUCCUGGGAAGCUCUUUGCCUCUUCAUCCCUAUUCCCUCCUCUGAAAGGCACCCCUUUGU